CAGCUGCUGCACUCUUCAGAUAAUCUAUUUAAAGUUCAAAGCCAGACGCUGGAUGACAAUAACAAAGAGGUAAGCCUGGCUCUGACCAACCCACCCAACAACAGGAAGAAUGGCUGAGAAAGCAGAAUCUAUGUCAUCACAACUUCUGGUUCCCAUUCUUCUCCUGAUUGGAUGGAUUGUGGGCUGCAUCAUAAUGGUUUAUGUUGUCUUCUUUUAGAAAGCUAAAGCAUGGGCUAUAAACUCCAAUGCCUGUGGGGCCCAGAUGAGAAAAGAGUAAAGCUGGUCCAGGAGAAACCGGUGACCUGGAAACAAAUGCCCCAUCGGAAGCAGGAAGGCGCAGCUCAUCUGGAGCAAGAUUUUGGAAUGUGAAAACUUCAGACCAAUUUGGUCAGAUCUUCCAACUUUUCAGGAGAUUCUGAAAACUUCUACUUUUUAAAUGUCAAAUAUAUGUAUUGAAAAUGCUUUGUAUUAAUUUUUUAAAAAAUGAUAUGGGGGUCAGACACAAGGGUCUAUGUUACAUCCUCAAACCUAGCACUUAAGUAUCCCUUUCUCUGGUAGCACAGGGAUGAUGGGUGUAGGGGAGGCCUUUCUCUGAAGUGUUGCGCCACGAGACAGUGUUCCCCGGGACAUCUUCUUCCAGGGUUACUGUUUAUUUGCCCACUGGCAGAUUCGUGGCUCUUGUACGAUACCUGG